AAUCCAGGAAGCCGAGGGCAGGUCCGAAGCGAUAGCACCAGCCACCGCUAUACGCUGGUCAGCAGCAUCCUCCUUCACCUGCCGCUCUCUCGACGAUCUUCGUCGGCCCGUGGUUCCGGUACAGUCGCAAGACGGCCUUCGAACUCCGUGGCACUACGUCUACGUCAUCGUCGUCGUUGUCGCCGUCGUCGCAUCGUCCGUGCCAGCUCGAUGCCGGCCAGAUGCCGGAGAACGCGCUGCCAAGAUCCGCCGCGAGGACCUUGAAGAGGGAUCCCGAAAUGGCGGGCAAUCGGUGUCGGUAGCAGACGGGGUUAACGUCCCUAAGAGCGCAAUUGUUGUUUCAACGGCACCACGCCUCGUCGUACCUCGCAGCUCACCGACCGUCUUCGGCAUCCUCCUCCUUUUCUUUUCACCCCCUCGUGUCUCCCGGCUGAAUUUUUGGUCACGACGAGUGACGAAACUCUAUCGCAUAUCGAGCGAUCCGAAGCGGCCUCGAGGAGCGGCCACGCGGACAAUAAUUUAUUAGAUGUUAAGGCUAGUGCUUAAAGUAAUAUGUAGUAGUGAAGACAGCAGAUAGCGUAAGAGGCAGGUCGAGGGACAGUCGAGCAGGAAAAUUGAAUACCUUGCAAAUUCCGACGAUUCUCUCGCCAGUCAAAGACGAUAAAAGAGAAAGAGGGAGGAGGAAACGAUUUAUUAAUCGGGCGUGGAAGCACGUAGCAACACGAGGAAGACUUUGUUCGUUCGUUUCUUCUCAUCGGUUUGAUUUCAAUUUUUCUUUUCUGCGUUUCGGCUUGCUCCGCAUUCUCCCGAUCGCGAGUAUGCCGUCCACGCCGAACAGACUGAAUUUGAGUUUUGCCAGAAACGCUUACAGCGUCUUUGGUAAUCGCAGCACGGCCACCGCGAACGAGCAUCAGCGCGAGCAAAAGACGGAAUUAUUGGAGGGCACCAAGGCUAACGGCCUUUUGCAUUUGAAGAAUGGCGUGGAUUAUGUCAAUCCUGGUGAGGAGGACCAGAUGGAAAUUUACGGCUACAGAAAAAGUCACGUACGGACGGUUAUUACCUGGUUGCUCAUUGGCAUCACGGGCGGUAUUCUGAGACUGGUCUUUCAUUGGGUACCGCAACUCAUGCUCCUGUUCACGCAUUACAAAUGCUCCCUGGAAGAAGCGGAAGCUGUCUUGCUGGUUGAGAGAUUUCAAGGGAAACACACGAGCUAUUACGUGAAGAAAUUGCGAGUCUUAACCGCUCAGGAAGUUGUCAAUAAGUCUUACAAUGAAGAAUCUCUAAUCGACGAGUCGUGGGACGGCAGUGUGAUAACCACGAAGGACGAGAAAGAGAACUGUCCGAUGUUAUCCAUGCACCUUUACGGCGGUCAGUUUAAACAGGUAUCAUCUAUAACCAUUUUCAACUGCAAGAAACUGAUUUACGUCUGGGACGCGGAGAGAUCGGAAUUUCUGAAACUGCGCGGUCUCGACACCGACAUUUUGACGUCUACGUUGCAUCAAGCGCAAGGUCUUGAUUCUCAGGAGCAAUACAUUAGGCGCAAUGUGUACGGCAACAACGAGAUUGUGGUUCCUGUGAAAUGCAUAUUCACGCUGCUCUGCCUUGAAGUGCUCAAUCCGUUCUACGUCUUCCAACUGUUCAGUUUCGGUCUAUGGAUUGCUGACGACUAUUAUUACUACGCCAUGGUCAUCAUCACAAUGUCGGCCGCCGGCAUCAUGAUGGCAGUCUUCCAGACGCGACAGAAUCAACAGAAUCUGCGUUCGACGGUGCACUCAUCCGACGUCGCCACGGUCAUGCGAGAUCGUACGACCGGUCAAACCGCGACGGUGCCCGCCGAUCGCUUGGUACCUGGCGAUCUUUUAGUCAUCCCGUCUCACGGAUGCGUGAUGCCGUGCGACGCCGUAUUGUUGACCGGCAACUGUAUCCUCAACGAGUCCAUGCUGACGGGAGAAUCUGUACCUGUCACAAAGACACCAGUUCCUUCCUCUAACGAUGUGAUAUAUGAUACCAAAGAACACGCCAGACACACGCUCUUUUGCGGUACCAGAGUUAUUCAGACAAGAUACUACGGCAGUGAAAAGGUGUUGGCGGUGGUCAUUCGAACGGGUUUCAACACCAGCAAAGGCGGCUUGGUGCGAUCCAUCAUGUAUCCUCCACCGGUAGAUUUCAAGUUUGAGCAGGAUUCGUACAAAUUUGUUAUACUUUUAGCGUGCAUAGCAAUCACCGGGGUUAUCUAUACAAUUAUAACGAAAGCGAUGAGAGGGGUCGAGGUUAGAGAUAUUGCUCUCGAAGCGUUAGAUCUUAUCACUAUCGUGGUGCCGCCGGCAUUGCCGGCAGCUAUGACUGUGGGUCGUCUCGUGGCGCAACGUAGAUUGGAGAGAAAGAAAAUUUACUGCACGAGCCCGAGGACCAUUAACGUCUCGGGGUCCGUCGAUUGCAUUUGCUUCGACAAGACUGGAACGCUGACCGAAGACGGUCUCGACAUGUGGGGCGUGGUAGCUGUUUCGGACAGAAAAUUUCAGUUACCGGUCAAGGAUAUCAGUAGUCUAGCACUGUCGGAGGUUCUAAUUGGCAUGGUUACGUGCCACGGAAUCACGAUAAUCGAUAACCAAUUAGUGGGAGAUCCGCUCGAUUUGAAGAUGUUUGAAUCGACGAGAUGGUCGUUAGAAGAACCCGACGUAUCCGACACGUCAAAGUUCUCCAUGCUCUUCCCGACGAUCGUCAGGCCGGCGAAGGACUCCAAGCUGCUCAAGAGACUGCCCAACGACCUGUGUGGUACGCUCAGUCGGCAAAACUCUGUGUCUUCCGACGUGAUCGACGGAAUAUCGCUUAAUAAUCUUCACGACGCCGCGUACGGCGAUUCCACGACGGAAUUGGAGCAGGGACUGGAAGUGGGUAUUGUUCGGCAAUUUCCUUUCACAUCGAGUCUCCAGAGGAUGAGUGUAAUCACCAGGACGCUGGGCGCCAAUCACUACGAUCUGUAUUGCAAAGGCAGUCCGGAGAUGAUCCUCAGUCUCUCGAAAGCAGAAUCCAUUCCUCCAGAUUUCGCGGCCAUUCUACAGGAAUACACGUCCGAGGGUUAUCGAGUGAUCGCUCUUGCGCACAAAUCCCUGAACCGUCUUCCGUACGCGAAGGUGCAGCGGAUAAGUCGCGAGUCCGCCGAGAUCGAUCUAAACUUGGCGCUCAUAGUUAUGGAAAAUCGACUGAAGCACGAGACCUCGCCGGUGAUCGCCGAGCUGAACACCGCUUGCAUCAAGACGGUGAUGGUGACGGGCGAUAAUAUGCUAACCGCUCUCUCGGUGGCCAGAGAUUGCGACAUCGUGAAGCCCGGCACGCCGGUGAUCGCUGUCUCGACGACGCAGCAUAAUCAACUGAAACCGCAGAUGUACUUCACGAAGAGCGACAGUCAGCCGUCACCGGCUUCGCCGAACGGUCAGGCUGACCUCAGUGAAAUGACCGAUCUAAAUAGCGUGGUCAGCUUGGACGUGGAAACCGUCGAGAGCGGCUCGUUCAGCAACACGAAGCUGGAGAACGAUAUUAAUUAUUUAUCGGAUGAUGUACAAUACUCCAAAAACAAAUACGUUUUUGCGUUGACGGGGAAGACAUGGGCGCUGAUAAAGCAGUACUAUCCGGAAUUGAUACCUAAGAUGGUUACACGCGGUGCUAUUUUCGCCAGAAUGUCACCUGAUCAGAAGCAACAAUUGGUUCAAGAAUUGCAAUCCUUAGGAUAUUAUGUCGCCAUGGUGGGAGACGGUGCUAACGAUUGCGGUGCGUUGAAAGCGGCGCACACCGGAAUCUCCUUGUCGGACACGGAAUCCUCCGUCGCUUCGCCGUUCACCAGCCGCGAAACCAACAUCUCCUGCGUUCUCACGGUGAUACGCGAAGGUCGUGCUGCUCUAGUAACGUCCUUCGGUAUCUUCAAAUACAUGGCCGCCUACUCGCUCACGCAAUUUAUCUCGGUGAUGCUCCUCUACAGCAUCGAGUCCAACUUAACGGACAUCGAAUUUCUGUAUAUCGAUCUCUUCAUCAUUUCCAUAUUCGCCUUGUUCUUCGGUCACACCGAGGCUUACGACGGCCCAUUGGUGAAAAUGGCACCGCUCAGCAGCCUUAUCAGCACGUCGCCGAUAGUUAGUCUCAUCACUCAGCUUCUGAUCGUUGCGACCUUUCAGUACACGAGUCUCUGGCAUCUGCGGCAAAUGUCCUGGUUCGUGCCGUUCAACGCGACCGAAACCUCAGACAAAGAUGACGUAGGCUGUAUGGAAAAUUACGCCGUCUUCAUCGUCAGUUCCAUGCAAUACAUUAUUCUGGCGGUGGUGUUCUCGAAAGGGCCGCCAUACAGAAAAUCACUCUUCACUAAUUACGGCUUACUCACCUCUUUCGUAUUUCUCAGUCUAUUCUCUAUUUAUCUUGCGGUGUGUCCCUUCGACUGGCUGGCUAAAUGCUUCGAGCUCGUGUUGCCCGACAAUCUGGACUUUCGCUUCAUCCUAGUCGGUUACGGCAUCGUGAACUUCGUAAUCGCGUUGUUGGUCGAGUAUCUCUUCGUGGAAUAUCUCGUGUUCGGCAAACUGCGCUACCGCUGGCACAACGUGGACAAAUCGCGACGGAAAUUCCUGGCGAUCGAGCGCGACAUGGCGCGCGAUCUCAAGUGGCCGCCGAUCUCUCAGGAGCCGCUGCCGGAAGCGGUGCCGGAUCUAAUGAUCCGGCAGAAUGUUACCGAGAUCAAGAUCGAGAAACGGAUCACCGAGUCCUGUAUGCCCGCCGACACCAGCUUCAUGAACAACUCGCCUGUCUACGCCAGUUUCAGGCACUUCGGCUCCGCUCGCGAGGUCACGCUCAAUCCCAGAUCACUCUUCGACGAUUGCCGGAACACGGUGUCGAUGCAAACGGUGCCGUGCUUCGAAGACAAGGAUCUGUCGCCGAAGGCGGCCAAGUCGAACGCGGAGUCCACGGUGAAGCGACGACACAACUCGGAAUCGGAGAACGGUAUCAAUCGUUACGAGAAGCCUUACACGAAUCGCAACACCAAUCCCAUCGCCACGCUUCCGCGAAAUCCCAAUGCGACCCUGCAGCCGCAGAAGCUGAAGGAUUUCCGAAACAUCCUGGUGCACAAGAGCGAUGAUCCAGCGGCGCCCAACACCGCUCAGAGUGUACUUGAAUUAGAAAUUCUACCGUCCUGAGGACUAAGGUACUCGAAAGACCGGACAAAUGGUACCUGAAAUAUCUUGAUUGUACCUUGAGACUGAGCGAACGAUUAAUUGAUUCAAAGUAUUACUGAAAAAAACGUACACAGGCACAAUCUUCGUUUCCCGCGGACGCAUUUAGGGCGUCGGAACGACGGUCGUUGUUGAAAGGGAAGGAGUCAGAAUUUGGACAGGCAUGGUCCCACGAUUUAGGCUGCCGGAUGGUCUUGUAAUCUCGAUCUUCUUAAGCUCUCCUUCCACCCGGUACUUGUGAUAUCCAGAUUAGAUAUUUGAUAUUGAUCGUGUCAUAAGAAUCACACAAUUCUAUAUAUAGAAUUCUAUAUAUAGAGCGAGCGGCGCCCGAUUCGAUCCACAUCGUCGAUUGAGCGAAUUCUGAACCAAUGCAUUUAGCCUGUCAUGGUAUCCACGAUUCGAUGACUUCUAAUGACGUUACUUAAGCACGUGAAUGGUGAAAGAAUAAGUCGAACGUUAGAAUAGCGUUGAAACUGUUCAGUCAUUACUAUAGAUCUCUAAAAUUUAAUGUGAUUAUUUUAUAUAUUAAAUAUGCUAUAUAAUAUAUAAAAUAAAUUCUAAAGCACACACAGUUUCUUCUGAUAAAAGUAAUUAAUAUUCGACGCGCAUAAUUUCUGUAGUUAUUACUUAGUUUGCUAAUCGCGUGUCAUUCUACCUUCGGCUUAUUUAUAUUUAUCGAUUCAAGCCAGGGUCCCUUUUGACCCAGUCCUCUUCUAACCUCGUCUCCCCCUGUUCCCCUCGUUAGUAUUCAAGAGCGACACUCUCGAGAAAGUAUUAUUGUUAUUUAUCGUAGAAAACGAGAAUUAUUAUGUAUUGGCUCCGCGCAUGGGAGAAUCUUCCGUACGGAGCACAGCAAAUUGUAUUUUAAGAACACGUAGACGUUUAUGGCAUAACCGCAUAAUUUUAAAAUUUUGAAAACAACUCGGCGUGAUGAUAAUGUCUUUUUUCACUGCGAUUCAAACGAACACUAAAGCAAACUUGCGACUUAAUUCUUCAAAAUACGUUUAGUUAGAAUACGUUUAGUUAGAAUACGAAAAUUAAGGUUUGCUAUUUGACUAUUAUUCUCCGAGCAUUCUGACUUGUUUCUCAAAACAUUUUUAUGCCUUCAAGUUUUAUUUCCUAUUUAUUCAAGCAAUAUGAUUAAUAAUUUAAUAAUUAAUAAUAUAAUGUAUGUAUAUAUGCAAUGUGUGCGUUUUACGAAAUAUUAAAGUUAUGUUGUAAAUAAAGAAUAAAAAAUUUAAUUACGAAUGAUAAUCUCGAAUCAAAAAUUUGUCAUUAUUGUUAUUGAACAAUCAUCUCAAAAUUAUUCCACAAGGAAUUGGAUCAUUAAACUUGUCAAUGUAUAGCAAUGCAACGGAAUUAUUGGAUGCUCCGGAAUACAUAUUAAUGAAUAUACUUAAUUAUUACUAAGAAUGAAAUUAUCUUAAGUACUUUGCUAUUGUUAAAAUAGGCCAAGAUAAAAAUGAUAUGUUUUAUCGCUGCUCGUUAGAGCCAAUAUGUAUUGUUAAAAUGAUUAUAUCGAGAUAAAUGUGUACUUACGAAAUAUACGCAACGGAAAUAGAUACUUAAUCGCGUUGAUUUAUUCGCGACGCUAUAGCUUGUGUUGAGAAGUAGCGGUUGUCAAAUAAAAUAUGUUUUUAAUGUAAA